AUGGCCUCGGACGCCACAGACAACGCCCUCGAGCUUACCUUUGCCCGCUCUGGCGCACCUAGCAUUUCAACUUACAAUCACCGCCGAUAUGAGGCUGAGGACCGAGAUAGCAACUUGGACAAUGAGGUGCAGUUCAUGCAGAUGCGCCCGCACCCAGAGCGCCCGCAGCCUCCCGAGCCCCGCGCCUUGGAUGAGAGCUUCAUGUCCAACGGCCUGGUGCUGAACGACAUCGCCGCCAAGGUCAAGGAGUGCAAUGACACCCUGUCCGACCUCCACCAGCUCGGCAUCCAGCACGAGAUCAGCCUCCCGGAGCUGGUUCUCGUCGGCGACCAGUCCGCCGGCAAGUCAUCGCUCAUGUCAGCCAUCGCCGGCUUACGUCUGCCCCGAGGCAAGGGCACCUGCACCCGAUGCCCCAUCCACAUCCGCAUGUCGCACAAGGAGACCUGGACGUGCAGCAUCACGCUGCAGCUGGACUACGACUAUCAGCCCGCCGAAGGGCAUGUCUCGGACGGUGAUGACGACGGCGCCCCCGCGGGCGCCAACAACCGCAAGGAGAAAUGGCUCAAACGGCAAAAUCGCGUUGUCAAAGAAUUUAAGACCAUCCAAGAUAAGUGUGACACGCCGAUGAUCGAGCACGUCCUGCGCUGGGCCCAGAUUGCUGUGCUCAACCCCAGCGCCAACCACAUGCAAUUCGUGCCCCGACAAGGUGAAGUGGAUGACCGCGCGAGAAAGAACCUCGAGAUCGCCGAGCAGAAGACCGAGGCCAAGUUCAGCCCGAACACCGUCGCGCUCGAGAUCAGAGGUCCUGACCUCGCCGACCUGUCUCUCUACGACCUGCCUGGAAUUUUCCAGACAGCCCCUGAUCCGAAUGACCAGUACUUAGCUGGCGAUGUCGAAGACAUCUGUUGCGAGUACAUCUCGCACCCCAAGGCCAUCAUCCUGUGGGCAGUGCCUAUGAACGGUGACCCGGAGAACUCCUCCACCUUGAAGAUCAUCCGCCGCGCCAAGGCCCAGAAGCGAACGCUGGGCAUCAUGACAAAGGCCGAUCUCUUGUCUGAUGGCGACCAGUCCAAGUGGGUCGAUAUGCUAGGCGGAAAGGUCUACCAGAUCGGCUUGGGCUACUUCGUCACGUCCCGCCCCGGAAGAGAGAUGGACCUUGAGCUGGAGCAGAAGACCGAGGAGGCGUUCUUUAACCGUGCCCCCGGGCCGGGUGAUGACGACAGACUGGCUUGGCCGCGAGCCUUCUCCCUUCACGAUGACCGUUGUGGUGUGCCUCGCUUGAAGGCGUUUUUGUCGCAGAAGCUCAGCGAGGCCUUCGCAAAGAGCUUGCCCGACGUGAAGAGAAAACUCUUCAGCCGUCUCGAGACGGUCCGAACCGACCUCGGCAGACUGCCUGAGCUCCCUCACAACCCGGAACUGGAGAUCAAGCGAAGCUUGAUGGAGUUCACAGCAUACCUCAAGUCGUCCAUGCAGAGUCAGGACUUCACCUCCCAGUGGGCCAGGAUCGCGGACGAGUUCCGAGACCGAGUGCUGCAAAUGAAGCCUAAGUACAUCGUUAAGGAUGCUGGUACCCGGGCCGCUUCGGAUGGUCCUAUCGACCUGACUGCGGACGACGACUCUGCAAGCGUCUACAGCAUGAUGAGCUCACCUGCUACUGAGCGCCAAUACCGACGCCAGGUUGAAGGAGACUUUGAGAGCCCUGCGGCGAAGCGCAGACGAGGCGUGGACGGAUUGAAGGUGGAGGACGUUGCUAGCAGCUUCACCCUCGGCAGCAAUCCGGUCACGCCGCGAGCGAAUCGUAUUGGACCCCCUCCUGCUGGUCUAGGACCAUUCACCGGUGGCGUCAAGUCCAAGACUCUUCCGCAGCUUCGAGAUCUGAUCCGCUCUCACCGCCGUCCCGGCAUGCCCAACACCGUGCCGGAUGAAGUCAAGGUCGUCCUCUGCAGGGAAGCAGUGCAUCCAUGGGUCGAGCCGCUGAGAAUCUUCCUCGAAAAGACCAUGAACCUGCUUAGAAGUCAGGUCAAGAUCUCACUAGACAGAGCUCUACAGACCCUAACGAACCGACAGAUCUUCAAGAAGUCGUGGAGCAUUCUUCAGUCAUUCCUAGAGGAGCAGGGCAGGAUUGUUAACGACCGUCUCAGCCACGUCUAUCGGAUGGAGACCCGCCAGCUGUACACGGCCGACGCCGAGACGUGCGCCCGCCACCAGGAAUCAGAGAGGAAGGUCCUGCUGCGCAACCGCCAUUACCAUCGGAUGAAGCCGUUCCGCAAGGGCGACGACAAGGAUCGCCCGCUUCCUAUCUGGGAGCAGAUGACGCCCGAGCAGCGCCAAAAGGAAGAGACGGAAACGCAGAAAGAGAUCCGCCAGCUCGGCAAAGAUCCCUUUGAGACCGAGAUCGAGGUGGCGGCCUACGUCCGGGGAUAUUACCUUACCGCAGCAAGAAGGUUUAUUGACUCUGCUCAGCUCAACUUUACAUCAAGCUUGGCUUGCUCGGCGGUUCUGGUAAGCUAA